AUGGCCGACUACUCGACUCAAGGCGGCCAGCCAUAUGGCGACUACGCCGAUACCUACGAAAACGACGAUAAUUAUGAAAAUACCGGCGGCUACGACGAUGGAGCUGGCUACGGCGGCGACGAUAGUAUCACACCCGAGGAUUGCUGGGAGGUAAUUUCGGCCUACUUCGACAAGAACGGCCUAGUGUCACAACAGAUCGACUCGUUCAACGAGUUCACCCAGAGUACAAUCCAGUCCCUCGUGAACGAAUAUGCCCAUUUGACGCUCGACCACCCGAACCCCGGAGACGAUGAAGGCCGCGACAUUGCCAUGCGGCGAUAUGACAUCCACUUCCAGGAUGUUCUGCUUUCGAAGCCGACCCUUACCGAGACGACUGGCGAGACGACAUUCCUUCUUCCCUAUGAAUGUCGUGACCGCAACCUGACUUACUCUGCUCCUAUGUACUGCAAAGUGACGAAGCGGGCGCGAAUUGCCAUUAAUGAGCCGAUCCCCUAUCACGAGCUGGACGAUGAGCAACGCGAGCACUUAGCCAAGACUGGCGAGCACCCGACGACGAUCCGCUGGGAGGAAGAGGACACCGGGCCUCGUGAAGCACCACGCGAUGGGCCUCUUAAGGGAGAUAAGGACAAGGCCGAUUACAUCUUCCUUGGCAAGCUGCCCAUUAUGGUGAAAUCCAAGGUGUGCCAUUUGUACGGCGAAGACGAUGAUUCCCUCUUCCUGCUCAAUGAGUGCCCGUACGAUCAAGGAGGUUACUUCAUCAUUAAUGGCAGCGAGAAGGUGCUCAUCGCACAGGAGCGCUCCGCGGCCAAUAUUGUUCAGAUUUUCAAGAAGCCACCGGGUGGUAGCGUCGCAUACGUCGCCGAGAUCCGCAGCGCCCUUGAGAAGGGCUCGCGUCUCAUCUCAUCGCUGCAGAUGAAGCUACACACCAAGGCCUCGCCGGAAAAGGGUCGCCUUGCUAAUACUGUCAGCGUAACGUUGCCUUAUGUCCGAGAGGACAUCUCGCUUGCCAUCGUCUUCCGCGCGCUUGGUGUCGUCUCCGAUGAGGAUAUUCUAAACCACAUCUGCUACGACCGCACCGAUACCCAGAUGCUUGAGGCUCUUCGCCCGUGUAUUGAAGAAGCUUUCUGCAUCCAGGACCGUGAGGUCGCCCUGGAUUUCAUCGGCAAACGUGGUAAUGGUAACGCCGGGCAGAACCGCGUGAACCGUAUUCGCGCCGCCAAGGACCUUCUUCAGAAGGAGAUGCUCCCGCACAUCUCUCAGUCGGAAGGCUGCGAGACGCGUAAGGCUUUCUUCCUCGGUUACAUGGUCCACAAGCUCCUCCAGUGCGCUCUUGGUCGUCGUGACCCCGAUGACCGUGACCACUUCGGCAAGAAGCGUCUGGAUCUGGCUGGUCCCCUGCUAGCUAAGCUGUUCCGUGGUGUCAUCCGCCGCAUGACACAGGAUCUUAUGUCUUACAUGAAGCGCUGUAUCGACACUAACAAGAACUUCUCUUUGGCGCUGGGCAUCAAGCACUCGACCCUCACAAACGCGCUGAAGUACUCGCUGGCUACGGGCAACUGGGGUGAGCAGAAGAAGGCCAUGAGCUCUACUGCAGGCGUUUCCCAGGUGCUCAACCGUUACACGUUCGCCUCGACCCUGUCACACUUGCGGCGCACUAACACGCCUAUCGGUCGUGAUGGUAAGCUGGCCAAGCCCCGUCAGCUUCACAACACCCACUGGGGUCUAGUGUGCCCUGCCGAGACUCCCGAGGGUCAGGCUUGUGGUCUCGUCAAGAACCUGUCUCUCAUGUGCUACGUGAGCGUUGGUACGCCUGCGGAGCCUAUCAUCGAAUUCAUGAUUGCUAGGAACAUGGAGGUGUUGGAAGAGUACGAGCCACUGCGGUACCCUAACGCCACCAAGGUGUUCGUCAACGGGACGUGGGUUGGCGUUCACCAAGAUCCCAAGCAUCUCGUGUCCCUGGUCCAGGGCCUGCGCCGCAAGAAUAUUAUCAACUUCGAGGUGUCGUUGGUCCGGGACAUCCGCGACCGAGAGUUCAAGAUCUUCUCUGAUGCUGGUCGCGUCAUGAGGCCACUCUUUACUGUUGAGCAAGAAGACAACGGCGAGAAUGGUGUCGAGAAGGGUCAGCUGCUGCUCAAGAAGGAGCACAUUGCGCGGUUGGAGCGCGACAAGGAGCUUGGCAAGUACCACCCAGACUACUGGGGUUGGGAUGGUCUGUUGAAGUCGGGUGCUGUCGAGUACCUGGACGCCGAAGAGGAAGAGACGGCCAUGAUCUGCAUGACCCCCGAGGACCUUGACAUGUACCGCCUGACCAAGCUCGGCUUCCAAGUGCAUGACAAUUCAGGCGUCGGCAAUAACCGCAUCCGUACGAAGAUGAACAUGACGACGCACGCGUAUACCCACUGCGAGAUUCACCCCAGCAUGCUUCUCGGUGUCUGCGCAAGUAUCAUUCCUUUCCCCGAUCAUAACCAGUCGCCCAGAAAUACGUAUCAGUCUGCCAUGGGUAAACAAGCGAUGGGUUUCUUCCUCACCAACUACUCGCACCGCAUGGACACUAUGGCGAACAUUCUCUACUAUCCUCAGAAGCCGCUGGCGACGACACGGUCCAUGGAAUUCCUCAAGUUCCGUGAGCUGCCUGCCGGUCAGAAUGCUAUCGUGGCUAUCUUGUGCUACUCGGGUUACAACCAAGAAGACUCGGUCAUUAUGAACCAAAGCAGCAUCGACCGCGGUCUCUUCCGCAGUUUGUUCUUCCGUUCGUACACGGAUUGCGAGAAGCGCGUCGGUAUCAACAUCGUCGAGAUGUUUGAGAAGCCCAACAGGACUGAGACGCUGCGCAUGAAGCAUAGUACAUACGAUAAGCUCGAUGCCGACGGUAUCGUUGCGCCGGGCACGCGUGUGUCGGGCGACGACAUUAUUAUUGGCAAGACUUGCCCGAUCAACCCGGAGAAUGCUGAGCUCGGCUCAAGGACGGCUCAGCAUGUCAAGCGCGACGUAUCGACAGCUCUGCGCAGCACAGAGAACGGCAUUGUCGACUCAGUCAUUUUGACUACCAAUCAAGACGGCAUGCGGUACGUCAAGGUGCGCGUGCGCACUACCAAGAUUCCGCAAAUUGGCGACAAGUUUGCCUCCCGUCACGGUCAGAAGGGUACUAUUGGCGUUACCUACCGUCAAGAAGACAUGCCGUUCACCUGCGAGGGUAUCACCCCUGAUAUCAUCAUCAACCCGCACGCCAUUCCGUCUCGUAUGACAAUUGCCCACUUGAUCGAGUGCUUGCUGUCCAAGGUCUCCACGCUCAAGGGCAUGGAGGGCGACGCCACGCCCUUCACCGAGGUCACAGUCGACAGCGUGUCGGCGCUAUUACGCGAGCACGGCUACCAGUCUCGUGGCUUCGAGAUCAUGUAUAACGGCCACACGGGCCGCAAGCUGCGCGCGCAGGUCUUUUUUGGCCCUACCUACUACCAGCGUUUGCGCCACAUGGUCGACGACAAGAUUCAUGCCCGUGCGCGCGGUCCUCUGCAGAUCAUGACACGCCAGCCGGUCGAGGGUCGUGCUCGCGACGGUGGUCUGCGUUUCGGUGAAAUGGAGCGCGAUUGUAUGAUUGCGCACGGUGCGGCGGCGUUCUUGAAGGAGCGGUUGUUUGAGGUGUCGGAUGCGUUCCGUGUCCAUAUCUGCGAGAUUUGCGGGUUGAUGACGCCCAUUGCCAACCUCACCAAACAAUCCUUCGAAUGCCGGCCCUGUAAAAACAAGACCAAGAUUGCGCAGGUGCACAUCCCGUAUGCAGCCAAGCUGCUCUUCCAGGAACUCAUGGCCAUGAAUAUCGCAGCCCGCAUGUUCACCACUCGAUCGGGCAUCUCGGUGCGCUAA